AAGAUAGUAAUUUUUUAUUAUCAAAUGUUUCUAUAUAUUUUAAUAUUUGCUAAAUUAAUUAAUAAAUAAAACAUUUACUAGUGCAAAAUUUAGUUGUAUAAUUUAUUUAAAAAAGAACCUCUUAUAUGUGUAUGUAGAAUGACCUAAGUGUAUUGUGGUUAGAAUUGUUAUUAGAAUAUAUUAUAAAAAGUGUAAUUUUAGUAACUCUUUUUUUUUAUAAAUAAUGGAAAAAGAAGCAAAAGCUUGUCAAGGAAAGGAUGUUUUUGAGAGAAUGAAUUAUUUAUAUCAGGCUAGUCAUUUAAUAGCAUUAAAAAAUAGAGUUGCAGCUUCUUAUUACGGAAAUACAAUGAUGGGUUGUGCCAAGAAAGCUGUACUACGCAUAGAACCAAAUAUAAAAAGAACGAUAUGUAAACGAUGUCAAUCUCCUUUAAUACCUGGAGAAACAGCUAGAGUAAGAUUAUGUUCUAAACAUAUUAAAGGAGUCAAAUGGACAUGUUUAAUCUGUUUGAAUAGUAAAAAAUAUCCUACUAAAAAAGGAUACAAGUUAUGGAUAGAUCAGCCGGAAGCAAUAGUUGAAACUCUUCAUUAUGUUCCUAAACAAAAAUCUAUUGACUGUGAUAAGAACAAAAUAGAUGAUAAUAAAACUGAACCAUCUGAUAAUACGAAUAUAGAAAAAAAAUCAGAACAUAAUCUUGAUUGAGACAAUUUCAUGUGUUGCAUAGUAAAUUUGAUGUACGAAUAUUUUUUAUUAAUCACUUACAUAAAAUAUGUUACAAUAUUACAAUAAAUUUGUAAUUAAUAAACAGACACUUUUGCUAACUGGAAUAUUUAUAACCAUCUAGUAAUAUCAUAAUGCUGAUAAUAGUUUUACAUAUUCAUAGAAAUAACUCGAUCGAAGUUAAGUUACUGUUUUCAGAGUACAAGAUAUAUUUUAUGGUGACCAUUGAUUGCAGUGAAAUCCAAAGAUAACUGCAUUUUUUUAAUCAUUGAGGACGGUUUUGAAUGAACGUUUGAGAGAUGAUAUUAUAAAUGUCAUGAGUACAAUGAAUUUUUUUUAUUAAGUUUGAUUCUACUGAAAUUCACUGCAAGCAAUAUCACGUACCUAACUCAUACAACUAUAUCCGCCCAUAUCCAGUAACUUCCAUAACAUUAUAUAUGGUACCUAAAACAAAUCAGCACGCACGAACUCGAGCAGAAUCAAAUCACAGAUUAAUCAGACAAUAUCAGUCAUUUAAUAUCAACUUAAAUAACUUAUCUAGAUUAGAUGAUAUGAGCUUAGGGCCAUCUACAAACAUAUAAGAGAUUUGUAGGUAAGUAUUUUUAGUAUAUAAUAAUACUAAUUAUAUAAAAUGAAUAUACAAUGAAAAUCUUUCAUUUUGAUAAUGUUCCUGAACUUUUGUUAAAUCAUGAAAAGGUGAAACUUAUGGCAUUUAACUAACGACACCUUUCCUAAAAUAACUACAUUAUAAAUCGAUAUAAAUAUUAAAGUAAUUAAAAAAGUAGUAAUAGUAAAUAAUAAGAACUGGGCUGGACGGAAUCUACACAUUCAUUUAUAUACAUAUAUCUGUCGUGCCAAGCUUCGGUCUUCUAUCUAUUUCCCUUAAUAUUUUCAUUUAGUAUCUAUGAGCUAGUAUUUUUGAUUUCCCUAACACUAAAUCUAACGAUAAAUUAUAGAUAGGACUCCAGGUUGGCAACGCACACAUAUAUACAUGCACACACCGGCUACAGGAUAUAUUUUUCUCCAAUAAUAUAUUGACUAUCAUUCGUCGUUGUCCUUCACCCCAUCAAAAUUUUACGUCGUGUCAUGGAAUGGCUCAAAUUGAAAUAGAACAAAGUAUAUUUCAUAAUCGUAAUGGAUCAUUCAUAUUUGGAUAAAAACAGAAAAAAAAGAAAAGAAAAAAAAUUU